AUGACAGACGAAAGGAAUUUUCGCUCGUCGUAUUAUGAAAAAGUAGGAUGCCGUGGUGUUGAAGAAAAGAAAUCAUUAGAAAUACUUAUGAAAGAAAAACCAUGGGAUAAAGUGAAGUUAAAACAAUUUUGUCUACGAUUUAUGGUGCCCGCUGCUUAUAGAAAUUUGGUAUGGAAGGUAUUAUUAGAUAUUCUGCCAGUCUAUGCUGACUCCCACCAAUUUGUGAUGGAGCAACGAAAGCAACAAUAUGGAGAUUUGCUAUAUGCUGUGGACAUGUUGGAAUUGGCCAAUAUGAAUGCUCCAAGGACUCAGAUCCUGCUUGCAAUGUGGCUAUUAGAGAAUGAAGAGAGGAAGCCCCCCAUGUUUCCAGAAACCAAUUUAAAUUCAGCAGAUACCUUCAUUCCUAUAUGCAGAACAUUACUCGAGCUGUAUGAUGAUGAGGUUGACGUCUACUGGAUAUGCAAGAGCCUCACAGAAAUUGUGAGAAAUAUGCAGAGAGACCUCGCAAAGCUUAAAGAGGCCUUUCAGGUCAUGCUGGAAAAGGAAGAUGUAGAACUCUACAAUCACCUUGUGGAAAUCAAUGCAUUGGAAGUGUUACCCCUAACUAAAUGGUUCAAUUGUUGUUUUGCUGGAGUGCUCGAUGAUACCUCAUUGCCAAAGAUUUGGGACAAGGUAUGCAGCGGUGCACCGAAGAUUCUGUCGUUCGUGGCUGUGAUGCUUGUAAUUACGUUACGAAGGAACAUAUUGAAAGCACAAAAUGGCGACGAAGUACUGAAGUGUGUUUCUGAGAUCCCAGAACAAUGUGAAGAAGUGGUCGCAAACAAGGCGAUAGAACUCUGGCAGUAUGGUGCUCAACCCCAAAACGAUCAGCUGGCGAAAAAAUGA